ACCCAGAGCUCCAAACACGUCGCUGGCGGCCGUGCGUCCACCCUCCAGACCACGGGUCAUGGAGCCGCGCGCGGGGGGCGCCACAGACCCCAGGGGAAGCAGAGGAGGCCGGGGCCCUCGCCAGCCCGCAGGCCCUAGGGCCCGGCAGCUCCUGGCACGGCUGGACUGACGUCCCCUGGCUGCGCGAGCUGCGGCCGACGUGGCGGCGCUGGUACGCAGGACGGGCACCACAUUGCGCCUGCGCUCCAAGGAGGCAGUUAGCGUGGUGGAUUCUGCUGAGAUAGAGAUCACAGACAUUCGCCUUCCUAAUGCCACUUUGGUGGAACACCAGCCUCAGCAUCGUCAGUCAGAGACCAUGUGUACAUAUACCGCGUCUUCCGAAGUGACCCAGGGUAAGGCCCGUUAUGCUUCAAAGCCACCCCAGGCCUCUAGUCUGUUCUAUGUGGAACUGGUUCGAGGUUCCACAGGCUUUGGCUUCACAUUCAGUGGAGGUCGAGGUGUAGCUGGAGAUGCUACUUUGACAGUGCGCAGGCUGCUGAAGGACAGGCCGGCACAGUGCUGUGGUCGUUUGCAGGCUGGCGACCUCGUGCUCCACAUCAAGAAGUCAACUCAGGGCCUCACCCAUGCCCAGGUCGUGGAGCAGAUUCGUGCAGGAGGCCCCCGGCUGUACCUCAUGCUAAGCAGGCCUCUUGAGACCCACCCUGGCAAGCCUAAAGAAGUGGGAGAGCCCAAGAAACGAGAUGAUCGCAGCCCAGAUCCUGGGGGACCAGAGAUAAUGAAGUCUCACAGCGCCAGCGCUUACCCACUUCAGCACCUUCGAUCCCGGGGCAGCCCAAAGCCUCACCCAGAGGGGGCUGCCGAAGGCCCCGUGGUUCCUUCUCCUGAGCACCACACAGAGGGCCCUGACAAUGGAACCCUGGGUUCCCCAGGACCCUGGCUGGUUCCGAGCGAGGAACGGCUCUCGCGGGCCUUAGGGGUCCCGGGGACCGCGCAUCUCGCUCUGGAGAUGGCAACCGGAAGGCGGAGGCACUGAGCACGCAUCAGAAAGCUGUUACCACUUGGUGAGGCUCAACCUGAAUCUGGCGCGCCCCGCCCACCGCGCAGUAACAUAGGGGGAGACUUUCUACUUGGCCUUGUCCCCCCUCCUGCUGUGCAGCCGGCCAACCUGCACUCUGCUAGCAGCAUCAGUGGUAACGGCCCUUCCCGACAGCCUGGCCCUGUGCUUUUUGUUUCAGGCGGGGGAGGUAAUAAAAUAGUUCGGUCCGGUCUUGA